AUGUCGACUCAACAAGAUCCCACCCCUUCUAAUGAAGGCAAGCAUGAUGGCUUGUCGAAAUAUGUUAAGCGCAUGAAGAUGGCUUUGAGGAGGAGCUCGACUGUCCGGACCACCUCGCCAGUCAUGCAGAAAUCAAGAGAGCCCGAGCCAAGCCAAGCUCCCGCUCCCCAACGUAUCCCGCAGGCUCCUACCGUCAAAGCUACACCUGAUGCGACCGUUUUCACCAACUGGGGCGCCAUUCAAGAAGAGAAGGCGCGGGCUCUAUUUGCGAAAUACGGAUUGACCCUGGAGCCUGGAGAAUGGAGGUCCCCUAGCGAUACGACCGUGCAGCGAGUUGUCAGACCCAUCCGGAUGCGAGUGCGCCGUACCUGCCAUCGCUGUCAGACCACCUUUGGCCCGAACAAAGUUUGUGUCAACUGCCAGCACGUCCGCUGCAAGAGCUGCCCUCACCACCCCUCCACCAAGACCAACGACCACCGGGACGACACCCAAGCUGCGCUCCAGGCCAUUGUCGCGCAGAAACUGCACAAAACUGUCCCUGUGCAGCAUAAACCCAAGCAACCUCCUCUUACGCUGCCUUCGCGCACCGGCGGCCAGAUUGUCAUCCACCACCCGAUCCGACAACGAGUCCGCCGUACAUGUCAUCAGUGUAGCACUGUGUUCGCUCCGGAUGCUACGGAAUGCAGUACUUGCCAGCAUAUCCGGUGCACAAUGUGCCCUCGCGACCCGUGCGUCCACCCCAGACCAAUUGCAUUUGUUGAAGGCGUCUGUACUAAUGAACUCAGACCUAAACUCGGCAAAUACCCGCAUGGCUAUCCUGGAGAUGUCGAUGCUCCCGCAGAACCUCCUGCACGGACGUGGAAGAAGGCGCGGCAGCGAGUACGCUAUACAUGCCACAAGUGUUCGACAUUGUACCGAUCGGGGGAGAGGAAUUGCUCCGGUUGCGGGCAAGAGAAGGGACCUGAAACAAUACGAGAUCCGUAA